GGCCUUUUCUUUCUUGACCCCUCUCAUCAACUCGGCUGUCCCUUCUUCACCCUUCGUUCUCCCUCCUUUCCUCAUAUUGUAUGGCUCUUCGUUUUUGUACUAGUAGUCCUCAUCGAGCAUCGGCAUCAUCAUGAAAGACUCAGAGGAGGUGAAAGGAAUCAAGGAAGCGGAACGUCUGCUCCUUGAGAACAACCGAAACAGAUUCCAGCCAACGGAAGAGGUUGAACAAACUGAGACAGACAAUGGCACGGAAAAGGACAUGAAAGGAAUCAAGGAUGCUGAACGAGAGCUCCUGCAGCAAAACAGGAGUCGGUUCCUGGAAGUAGAGUCCACAGGAAUGCCAAACACAGCAGCGGGAGCACAAGGAGAGUUGCUGUACCCAAAACAGGAGAAAGAAGCGGCGACUCAAGACGGCAGACCAAGAACGGAAGAAGACGAUACUGCAGCACCAGCACGAGCUACUAACCCACGCGCACAGUCGCUGGUAUUACCAGCACGGUUCGCCUUUGACACUGUCGAAUUGCCACAAUUCAUGCCAUCUCCACAACAACCAGUUCGUCCUGCACAGAGGAUUCCCGGCGCCUACCCCGCAGGACCCUAUCCGCCCCGACAUAAUAAUACUGGAUCAACCCAAACGCUAGAGUCUCCUCCUCCCAGCCAACACGUUGUGGAACCGCAAGCUGCCAUGGAGGCUCUACAUCAACUACCCGACAUUGAGGCUGCUGACGAUCAGGAUGGAUUGGUCAUGGCCACACCAGUCAGCUGGCGUAGCAUGCCCUUCGACGUUGCCCAACCCGUGGACGGAGAUGGCACCCGCAAGGGCCAGAACGAAAAUGACAAGAUACGCUUGUGGAUCCUUCUAUUGUUUUCAGUUGGAGUUGUCAUAUGUGCCAUUGUUGUGAUUGUGACGGCAACCUCGGGCAAGAGAGACACCACCAGCACCAUUCCCAGCAGUACUGAAAUGAACCACAGCGAAAACCAAGACUACUCUGACACUAGUAGUGCUCCAUGGGCUUGGGGCCUACCUUUUGUUGUUCCGAGUUCAACAAUUGAUUCCAUCCAGGAAGGAUUUGCAUUAGCGAAGGAAAAUGGUACAACGCCACAGCUACAAGCCUACCAGUGGAUCAAGAGCGAUCCUUUCAUAAGCAACUAUUCUGAGGGGCGCCUUUUGCAAAGAUUUGCACUAGCAACAUUCUACUAUGCUUUGCAGGGGCCAGAUUGGCCCUAUCAAGGAGGUGGUACCACAACGGUGACUAUGGAGAGUGGGCCUCUAAUUAGGGAAGCAUGGGAUGUGAACAUCACAUCAGAACCAUGGCUCUCCUAUGAGUCAUCUGAGUGCACCUGGUUUACAUUUGCCAAAGCAUUUGAAGUUGAGAAUUGCCGCACCCCCAACAAUGAUACCUCCAAGUCAGAGUUGACCUUUAUGGGUGUUCAGCAGAAUGGCUUGGUUGGUACGCUGCCACCAGAGCUGGCUCUUCUGACAUCAUUGGAGUAUCUUACUGCAUUGGAACGAAAUCAAAUCACUGGAACCAUCAUGACAGAGCUUGGAGGUCUCACAAACUUGAGGAUAUUGAAAUUGGCAAGCAAUGAGUGGACUGGUCCAAUCCCUUCAGAGUUGGGGUUAUUGACACAAAAUCUUCUUGAGUUGGAACUCAUCAACAAUAAGCUAUCUGGCCAAGUUCCAUCAGCCUUGUGGAAUUUAUCAAACUUGGAAGUAUUUACUCUUGGCUCCAACGACCUGUCUGGUUCAAUCCCCUCAGAUGUUGGAUAUCAGUUGCCCCAUCUGCAAGAAUUCAACAUUCCCAGGAAUCAGUUCGAAGGCACUGUUCCCACAUCCCUUGGCCUCAUGACGGAUCUGGUUUACUUGAACUUACAUGAGAACUCAUUCACUGGCCCAUUGCCUUCUGAAAUUGGGCAGCUUGUCAAUCUGCAAAAGAUGUUUCUCAAAGAGAACUUUAUCAGCGGACUGCCAACUGAGAUUGGUCUCAUGUCAAGCUUGAGGAAUGUCAACAUGGAAGGGAAUAUUGGUCUGACAGGAACAAUUCCUGUAGAGUUUGUCAACCUUCGGCAAAAUGGUAAUCUGAAAAGUCUGUGGAUCAGAGGAACAGGCUUCACUGGUACCAUCUCUGGUGAACUUUGUGGAAUGAAGAAUUUCUUGAAGUAUGAUUGCUCUUCAUCCCUCUGCGGCUGCGAGGACUGUCCUUGUGCAAAUCAAACCAAUUUGCUGAACGUGACUGUGUAAUGUUGUAGAUUGGAUGAUCAUCAUUGAGCUGUUAUUAGUGUUGU